CAAGAUGUGACUAUGACAAUUACUUAAAAACAGAAGAUGUUAACGACAUUGUGCAGUGUACAAACUGCAAAGCUUGGGCACAUCAUGACUGUGUACUGGCCGACAGCAAGGUCGGAAAGAAGAAGUUAAGUGAGAAGCCACACCAGAAACUAGUAGAGUCAUACUGUUGCUUGUAUUGUACUUCGAUGGGACUAACCUCAAGCCCAGAGAGGAGGUUAAGAGUACAGGCAAUGUGGAGGAGUUUGGAGGAGAUACCAUGGAACGAGCAGUCUCAGCAGGACCUCCCAGACCUUAAGGAAUGUCAACUGCAACAACCGAAGAGUAGUGGAGUGCUCUCAUCUUCCAAAAAGCGGAAGUGUGUGGUGACAAUAACUGAAUCAGGUGUGGAGAGCAGGGGAGUGGCACGCGUGGGAAUAGGUCUUCAUAGUGGGAGGCAUCUACAAAUGAAGGAGAUGAAGAAGUAGACUCUAGAGCUAGUGUUGAAUAGAGACAUUAUCGGG